AAUGACAUGUCAAAAAACAUUAUAUAUCAAAUAAUUUAAUAAGAAAUGUACUGUUUUAAAGCGUUAAAUGUGUGCCGGAGACCGUAAGCCCCUGUCAAAAACCACUUAAAUGUGACCAAAUAUAAUAUAUUGCCAUUCGUUGAAUGAUAACAUACGAUAACGUCACUGAGAGAGAAGCCACUCCUCCCUGUGGGCGCCGGUCAAGUGGAAGUCUAUGGAAGCCAAAAAAAGGGGCAGGAACAUUUGAGCAAGGACAGUUCUCAUUGGCGGAUGACAGUUCGAGCCAUGGGCGCACGUACCUUGCGCCCACAGCCAAUGAAAGGGUUUCUAACAGGACUGUCCAAUCAGAGACCUUUUGUGAUUCCCUCACAUCACAUAUCUACAGGUGCAGCAUAGUUAGCACUUAGCAGAUACUUGUUUUAAUCUGAGAGUAUGGCGAAUGAAAACUCUAUUGUAGCUAUUCACAGAACACCAUUCAAUCGACGAUCGGAUGUCGAUAAAAAGAAACUAAAAGAAAUGGGACCUGACCGUCCGGAUUUAAAACUUGAACAGAUAAGCACUGACCGCGGAAGAACCUACAAGCGGAGCUUCUCCUCCAGCCUUUAUGCUAACCGGAGCUGGUUAGCGGGCUGUGCAGUGAGUAAUGCGUUUUUUUGUUUCCCCUGCUUGUUGUUCCAAUGUACUGGGACUGAAAUACUCUGGACUACAACGGGGAUGAGGGAUCUAAAGCACUUCACCCAGAAAUGCAAGAAACACGAAUCGUCUCGCUGCCAUCUCACUAACAGCAUGAAGCUAAGUCUCUUUGGGAGACUGAGUAUAGCGGAACAGCUCGACGAAGGGUACCGAAUUGGCAUCCGUAAACACAAUGAGGAAGUAAGGAAGAACAGGCACAUUCUCUCAAGAAUUAUAGACUGUAUUAAGUUCUGUGGUGCAUUUGAGUUGGCACUGCGUGGUCAUGAUGAGAGCGAGAGCUCUGAUAACCCAGGGAUAUUUCGUGGCUUGGUGGACGUUGUUGCCUCACUCGACGGUGCACUGAAAGACCAUCUCGACAGCGCGACUGUGUUCAAGGGAACAUCCAAAACGGUCCAGAAUGAACUUCUUGACUGUAUGCUGGCUGUUGUUAGGGAAAAGAUCAUAAGCGAGAUUCAAAGCAGCGAUUUUCUAUCGAUCCAAGCAGAUGAGACCACGGAUAUUAGCACACAAACCCAGCUUGUGCUUGUGCUUCGCUACUUAAAUGGUGCUAACCUGGAGGAAAGAUUCUUUGAGUUCAUCCCUCUGCAGUCAGCUACAGCAGCGACCAUUGCCAUGGCAUUAAAAGAACGCCUUGCUGCCAUCCUCCCAGGUGAGCAGAAAGUUAAACUCAUCUGCCAGGCAUAUGACGGUGCCAGUGUAAUGAGGGGUACCUCUUCAGGUGUUCAGAAGAGAAUCCAGGACGACUACCCAACUGCCCACUAUAUCCACUGCUAUGCCCAUCAGCUCAAUCUUAUAAUGCAACAGGCCACCUCUCACAUUGUUAAAGUCAAGAACUUUUUUUCUGACUUGGGUGGAUUAGCUGCGUUCUUUUCAAGAUCCCCGAAGCGGACCGUUGUCCUUGAUAAAACAGUGGCCCGUAGACUGCCAACGGCCAGCAAUGUGAGGUGGAACUUUCACAGCCGUGCCGUCAAUACUGUGUUUGAGCACAGAGAUGACCUCAUUGACUGCUUUGAAAGAAUUCGAGCAUCAGAUGGCUUUGAUGACAAGACCAGCCACGAAGCAGGAGGCCACAUCAGGCUACUGGAGGAUCCUGAUUUCAACUUCUUCCUUAAACUGUUUCAUCGGAUAAUGCCACACGUGGACAUUCUCUAUGCCAAGCUCCAGAACAGAAACAUAGAUUCAGUCUAUAUAAAUCGCUGCAUCCAGCAGUUCCAAGAGGACAUACAAAAAAUCAGAGAUUCAGUCCAUGCAAUGGUGGUGGAGCACAGGAGUGGCUCUGAGCAGCCGAGGAAGCGCCGGGCUAUCGAUCAAGAUGAGCUUAAAAGGAUUGCCACAGAGGUAUGCGACACCAUACUUGGACACACCAAGGAACGCUUUGCCUUCAAGGACCACCUCAUCAGUGCCACCUUACUGGACAGCCCCCAGUUUGACCACUACCUCGAUGCAUUCCCUGAAGUUGCUCUGGCCACAACAUUGAAGGCCUAUCCUGUGCUCGAUGGAAGUAGGCUGAAGACAGAGCUUACCCUCAUCUAUGGCUCAGAAGAAUUCCGAACCUGUCGUGGUGCUGUGGAUCUUUACCAGUUGUUCAAAGACAAUAACCUUUCUGAGGUAUUUUCAGAGACAGAAACACUGCUUAAAAUCAUCAUCACAACUCCCAUGGCCACUGCUGAGGCUGAGAGGUGUUUUUCAACACUGAAAAGGGUUAAAACCUUUCUCAGGAACACAAUGACUCAGGACAGACUGAAUGCCUUAGCCAUGCUCUCAAUGGAAAAAAGGCUUGUCACAGACAUGAUUGACUUUAACCAGAAGGUGAUAGAGAGAUUUGCCAGCUUGAAAGAGAGGAGGGCUAAGUUUCUUUACAAGUAGUAGGGCCUACUCUUGACAAACAACAAAUGUAAAAUGUUAUGUCUCUUCUGCUCUAAACCUCUUUCGUGUGAGGGUGUGGGCACCUUUUUUAUUCUGUUCAUCUCUGAAACCCUACCCAAUGUCUCUUACCUAUGUCCCUACCAUUCUGCUCUGAACUGUCAUGCCCAAAGUAACAGGUUAUUGUUAUUGUUGUUGGAUACUAGUGUUGAGCACUGUAUGUUAUUGAAAUAAAGCUAUGUUUUUUUUAA